ACGACACAUGAAUGCAGCAGCGGACUGUGGCGAGCUCCGGGCUCAGCCCUCCUCGCUGUCUGUAUCGAUGAAGUUGUUUCAAAGAUGGCGGAUUUCCUGCCGUCCCGCUCCGUUUUAUCUGUAUGUUUCCCUAACUGUCUGCUCACAAGCGGCGAGGCAGAACAGUUGCGGAAAUCUAAAGAGAUAGAUAAGUGUAUUCACCGAGAUAAGACGUAUGUCAAAAGGUUAGUAAAGAUCUUAUUACUUGGGGCAGGCGAGAGCGGCAAGUCCACUUUCCUCAAGCAGAUGCGCAUUAUCCAUGGGCAGGACUUCGAUCAGAAGGCCAAAGAAGACUUCAGAGCCACGAUUUUUAGUAAUGUUAUAAAAGGUAUUCGAGUGUUGGUGGAUGCUCGAGAGAAGCUACACAUUCCAUGGGGCCAUAAGUCCAACCAGCGGCAUGGAGACACAAUGAUGGCAUUUGACACCCGGUCGGUGAUGGCCCACGGUCACGGCAUGGUGGAGCCAAAGGUUUUUCAGCACUACCUGCCUUCCAUCCGGGCCCUGUGGGCCGACCAGGGCAUCCAAAAUGCCUAUGACCGCCGCAGAGAAUUCCAGCUGGGGGAGUCAGUCAAGUAUUUCCUGGACAAUUUGGAAAAGCUCGGCCACUCGGACUACCUCCCCAGCCAACAGGACAUCCUCCUGGCCAGAAAGCCCACCAAAGGCAUCCACGAGUACAACUUUGAGAUUAAGAACGUGCCCUUCAAGAUGGUGGACGUAGGUGGUCAGCGCUCUGAACGGCGGCGCUGGUUCGAAUGCUUUGACUCCGUCACUUCGAUCCUCUUCCUCGUCUCCUCCUCUGAAUACGACCAGGUGCUGAUGGAGGACCGGCAGACCAACCGGCUCAGUGAGUCCCUCAACAUCUUCGAGACCAUCGUCAACAACCGGGUGUUCGGCAACGUCUCCAUCAUCCUGUUCCUGAACAAGACGGACCUGCUGGAGGAGAAGGUGAAGCAGGUCUCCGUCAAAGACUACUUCCCCGAGUUCUUGGGCGACCCCUCGAGCCUGGCAGACGUCCAGCGCUUCCUGGUGGAAUGCUUUCGCAAAAAACGCAGAGAACAGCAGCAGAAGCCGCUGUACCACCACUUCACCACGGCCAUCAACACUGAGAACAUCCGGCUGGUGUUCCGUGAUGUCAAGGACACCAUCCUGCAUGACAACCUCAAACAGCUGAUGCUGCAGUGAGGGGACUGACCAGGAGGAGGAGGAGGCGGGAUGGGUGGAGGCGGGCGUCAAGGGGGAGUGGGCAGAGUCCCUCUACCCAUUCAUCCUCCCUAAUUGACUUUGACCGGCUCCUAACUUUGAACUUUGACUGUAUUAAAGCCACCCCUACUACUGCCAGCCCACCCUUCCCCCUCCAGUUUGCUCUCUGCCUUUAUUGAGCAUGCUCACUAUGACUUCUAACUGCUGCCUGUGGCUCUGAGCCCCAACCACCCUCUGACCCUUUAAAUCACUGUAAAUGACCUCUAACCCCAUCCACAUACUGCAGUCUCCUUGACAUCCUUCAUUUCCUCACUAUGUUUGGCUCUAAUUUACAUCCACAUACCUUUUUCUAUGCUGCUCUGACCACUGUUGCUAAAUAAGGGGGAGGGGCUUGUUUUAAAUGAGUGAGAUCCACCAUCAGCGACCGUUGACCGCUGUUGCCUUUCUUUUAGAACGUCUCCGUUGUAUCUGGUUUAACAUCUGCUCUCCACUGGCGCUUAGUGAUGACAUCCUGUGGGGGUUUCCUCUGAGGGCAGUGCAACUAACACACACACACACACACACACACACACAGAGAGAGAGAGGUUGGAAUUCCUUUUCCAAAGUCCACUUAAUUCACUUUGUUUCUUUUUCUAAUGGAUGAAUAUACUGUAUGUACCUAUGCAUUUUUCUUUAACUUAUAUUUUAUAGGGGUUUACACUUUGUGGGUUUGCUGAUGGACUGUGUUACAUUUAACUGGAUACGGAGACCACUUGUACAAUGAAACACCGUGCGAUCAGGCUAGCUAGUGCUGGGUUAAUCUGUUUCUCAGGUCACAUUGUGAAACCCACUUCUCAACCAGAACUCUGCUGCCUCUGCCCUUCCACAUGACUCAUAUGAGUUCAUGGCGUGUUCGCUCUCCGUCUGCAGAAAAGACUCUGUCUCAAAAGUAGAACCAUAUUGUACCAUCAGAGUCUGCACAAACAAACCAUUGUGACCUCAUUUAGCCUGGUAUUGACAUGUGAUCUGUACCUAGAUUCCUGAUCUGAAUAUUAACAUCUGCAUUUACACUUGGUAUUAAUACACUUUGUUGCUAUUUCACUUCCACAUCACCGUUGGAUCUCAAUAUGCAAAUACACACCGAGUCCCACCUCUACAGAUUGGGAUAGCAUGCCCAUUGCCAUGUGUGCAGUUGAUAUGUUUUGACAUAAUCCAGAUACUUACCACAGGUCAAUAUAAAGGGUGCAUUGGGUCCAUGAUGUGCCCAAUGUUUUUAUUUAAUUUAAUGUUAUCUUGUGGGUACAACAAAAAAGCAGAAAGAUGUCCAUGAAAAGUUCCCAUCGCUCUGAACAUUUAGGCGGCUGACUAAGUAGUGCAAACAAACAGUACAAGCAGUGUUGACAGUAAACAGAACUGUGGACAUGUCUGUAUGCAGUAGUGCAAAGCUGCACGCUGAGGUAAGCAAGACCUUUAAUAUCUGCAAUCCUGCUGAAUCGGUCAUUGCCAAAAAACUAUUUCCAAAAAUAGCAGAUGUUCCAGACUGAAUGUUGAGCUAAUGUGUUCAAACCCUGCACCCAAAACAGAUGUUUGAAAUGGUCCUUCAUUGUAGCCAUCAUGCAGCUUUAAUGUAGGAACUGUUGUGACAGUUGUACACAGUGAUGCCAUUAUGAUGCCAUCAAGGGGUUGUCCAAAAGAAACACGGUAAAGUAGUCUUAGUAAACAACAACAAUGUUGUGGUCCAAGUUGAAAGUGAAGCCCUGUGCAACCUGUACGGUUCUUCUCUUCAGGAGAGACAAGGAGGAAGUGAAUGUCUUUCUUCUUCCUCAGUUACUGCCGUCAUGCAUCCAGCCUGCAUGUUUCUGAUACACUGUUGUGUACCGCUGAUGUACAGUUCACUGUCUAAUGUAUCGGUACCCAACUUCAUUCUCAUUUCAGCUGGUGUAACCCCACACACACACAAAGAUGUGUAUGUAUGAUCAUGAGUGUUAUUUUAUGGUUUAUUUCAAAUGAAAGCAGGCAUCACAUUACUCUGCUUCCUUCACACUCGUUGAGACUCUAGCAGAUAAGUGGCUCCACCAGUUCAUGCUAACACUUUGAAAGAUAACCAUCACAAUGAUACACGUGUAGAACACACACUCUAAAAGUAACAACCUUUUUAUUGAGGCGUUACAUUUCCACGACAGCAGACCAGAUUUACAGAAAAGGUUUUAUUGUUGUCAGUCUUAACUAUAAAUGUUUGUUUGGGACAUUCAAUAUACACAGCAUUGUGCAUUCUUUUUGUACUCUUGUCUCUAUAGUUGUGUUGUAAUUGCUACUGGCAGCUAAUUACUAUAGUGACUGAAUAACAGCCCCCACUCCCGUCCUUCCCUUUGUCUACACUGGAUGUUCUUCUGUUUGUAUGAGGAAUGCUGUCUAACAGCUGGAGUUUCAGCCUCUGAGGGAACAUCAGUGAAAACUAGUAACUAUCUGGUGACCAUCAGUAAUGACCCAACUACUCUGAUACUCAUCAUCACUUUUCAUGUAACGGUGAUUCUAUGAAUUCUGAAUGGCCAUUAGAGAUGGUAUGUAAUACCUGGAUCUCCAAUGAAGUGACUGUACUUGUGAUGUAAACUCAAAGAAGUGCAUUUAGUGUUAGUUCCUCUUGUUUUAAAGAACGCUACCAGUAUAGUGCAAGUUUUUAACUCCUUAACUACUAAUCAUUUCUACUUAACGUGGUCAGUUAACACACGUUGGGAAAAAAAUAGAUUUUUGGGAGUGAUCCAGUUCUUGAUUCUAUGGAAAUGAAGUGGCCUCAGUGAUGUAACCAUCCCAGUUUGUUGGUAUUUAAAACAUGCUCAUCAGGUAGAACCCAGAUAUACCAGCUGCCGUUGUAGUGCUGCCUCCUUAAUGAGACAGUGGUUCCAGGGUUAGCUGCCUCUUUAGGCCACUACUUCUGUUCCCUUCUCCUUGGUUUGAGACUGAGCCCUGAUAUUUGUUCAGAUUUCAAUUUAAAUCCAAGUGAUUGCGUCCUUGGGUGACAUGAAGGACAUGCUUUUUUGUCCUCAGGCUGUAUCAGUGUAGUCCCCCCAGACUCACGAGGAGCCUACGUCACUCAACGUGUGUGUUAGCACAAAGCAGAGGAGUGGCUAAAUUGGUGUGUGUGUGUGUCCCACCUCCAAAAGAAAGAUGACCAACGAGACGCUCAAAAGCUCAGUGAAUUCCUCAGAUUGUAGGGCCAAUCGGUGAGACACCAACGUGUCCUGUCUGCUGCUAAGACAGCCUAAAGCCCAGCACAGGCCUGGUCUGGAUCCAGACUGCUGUCAUGUGAUGACUUCAGAGAAGAAAGCCUGUUGUUGCACAAACACACAGAAUUCUCAAACAAAAGCCCUGCAUUAGUGCUCAA